GAGACGCAGUCAACACGUGUCAGGGCGGCACAGUUUCUGUAACUCUCGUUGUCUAAUGGGACCGCGCGAAUUGAGAGGCAGAGCAGGGCGGGGCAGUACUCCGCUGGACGUGGCCUACAGUGGUUCAGGGAAAAUGGAAUCUAGUGAAGAAAAAUUGAUUGAACUAGUGCAAAACCACCACCCAGUGUUAUAUAAUACAAGUGAUUCGAACUAUUUGAAAAUUUAAUCGAAACAAGAUAUUUGGACAACGAUUGCAUACGAACCUAAUUUAAAGAACGAUUUUUCUAUGUUUGUGGUAAAAUGGAGAACGAUUUAAUGAAAAUUUACAAAUAAAUCCAAAGAAUUAUAAUGUCACAACCUGAACAACAAGGUUGGGAAAAUGAUGAAGAUGAGCCAGAUAAUGUGCCUUCUGCUGAAAUAGAGAAUGGACAUGUUACAUCUAAUACGGAAGAUGAAUCGGAAACUUCUGAGGAGGAAAAUCCAACAACCUCCAGAGAAGGUGAUUUCGAUACAGACUUACCUACAAUUCACAAGUACCUUGGAAAACUGGAUAAUGUCAGAGGUUACACUCUUUAUGAUGAUGGACAAAUAAUUAGUAUUCUUGCAAUUUACACAACAACCAUGGUAUUUCCAGGAUUUACGUUACCUUUAGUUAUAAAUAUGUAUAUGGAAACCUCCAUUUUGAAAGAAUUCCUUGAGAAAAAUAAUGUGUUUGUUUUACUGUGUGCCAAUGCUACUUUUAAUGGCAUUCAUAAUUAUGGAGUAACUAUGGAGGUAUUUGAAACACAAGAAAGAUAUAAUGUCCUUAACAUUAAAGCAAGAGGAAGACAAAGAUGCAAACUUGUACCAAAUGCUGAAAUAAGGAGUUUAACUGGUAGACUGAAACGUGUGACUGUACAGAUAUUAGCUGAGCCAAAAGUUUUAACUCCACUAUGUGAUACACAGCUAUUGAGUUUGAAACAGAGGAGACUGUAUAGUUCUAGAAGUUAUGAUGAUGUAGAGAAAAAUUAUAAAUUCAGAAGGUAUCAUUUGGCCCAAUACCCUUUAACAUCUUGGAUAUAUGAUAAAAAUGAGGCAAGUUACUAUGUAAAGUUGAUUCUUGAUUCUCUAGCACAUUAUGUGGGAGAAUAUAUCCCGGAAGACCCAAUUAAACUUAGUUAUUGGUUUGUACAAAAUUAUCAGUUAAGCCAUGAAGAACGAUUACAUAUUUUAUCAUUGAAUUCUGCAUUAGAGAGAUUGAAACUUGAGUACAAAUAUCUGAAAUUGGACCGAAGUAUGUGUUGCAAUAGUUGUGGAGUCCAUAUAACAGAUCCCAGUAAAGUAUUUGCAAUGUCUAAAGAUGGUAUCCAAAGUAAUUAUGUGAAUCCAGGUGGGCAUGUUUAUGAAACAGUCACAGUUACAUCAGCUCAAAAUUUUAAGUUGGAAGGACAACCAUCAAAGCAAUUUUCGUGGUUUCCUGGCUAUGCAUGGACAAUUAUGCAGUGCAACAGCUGCCACAACCAUCUGGGUUGGCAAUUCACCAGUAAUACCUUACGUCCCAGAUGUUUCUAUGGUUUAGCAAAAGUAGGUUAUAAAGUUGUUAUAACUAACAGAAGUAAUUCAUCAGAUGAAUUUCUAGAAUUAAUUAACUCUAGGACGAUAAGCUUUUCAAAUGAUUACAUAUCUAUUGUACCCAUAUAAAGAAGAUAUGCUGAUUGGCUUGGAAUCAAUUAUUCAAUGGGCAUUUCAGAUAGUAUCCUGUCAACUUCUUAUACCUAGUUAGUUACUGUAGAAGGAAACUAUUCACUCAUUUCAUUUUUGAGAACGAAACUGGGAAUUUGAACAGUUUUGUUUCAAUUUAAUAUGUUAUUAUAUGUAUAUUUAUAGCAUGUAAUAUAGUUGAAAUUAUUUAUCACAAUAAAAAUUUAGUUUAUUAUACAUUUUUAUUGCAUGAACCUGUAAUGCAAAAAUUUCCAUUUGUUACUCAAUAAUAAUAUGUAAUAAUGAUUUGAAAUUUCUACAAUAAAUACAUUUUAUAGUCUAAAGAGUGA